AUGGCUACGGAUCCUGUUGUUGCUCAACUAAGACCUGAUCAGGUCCAAGAAAUAACAACAGCUUUUAUGGAAUUUGACUGCAAUCGCAAUGGUGCUAUAACCGCUCCAGAAAUGAAGGAAUGUCUUCGCCGGUCAAACAUUCAAUACCAAGACGCCGAAGUUGAUCGUGUCAUAUCAAAUAUGGAUUUGAAUCAUGAUGGAAAUGUUACAUAUGAUGAAUACAUGAAGUUUAUGGCUCGUGUUUAUACCGGACAAUUCGAUCAAUUCCAACGAAAUCCACCAUCAGGUCCAGUACCUCCAUAUAAUAAUCAACCACCUUACAACAACCCACCACCACCUCAAAACCAACCACCUUAUAACAACCCACCGCCACAAAAUCAGCCACCCUAUAACAAUCCACCACCACAAAAUCAACCACCUUACAAUCAAAACCCCGCUCCAUACAACCAGGGACCUCCAGGUCAAGCGCCUUACAAUCAAAAUCCUGCUCCAUACAAUCAAGGACCUCCAGGUCAAGCACCUUACAAUCAAAACCCUGCUCCAUACAACCAAAAUCCUGCUCCAUAUAACCAAGGACCUCCAGGCCAAGCACCAUAUAACCAAAAUCCCGCUCCAUACAAUCAGGGACCACCUGGUCAAGCACCAUACAAUCAAAAUCAACCUCAGUCUAAUUAUCCGCCACCACCAUCAUCCAAUUAUCCUCCACGUCCUUACUAA